ACAGAAAAACUUGAUUCUUCCAAUAAAGAUGCUCAGAGAAAAAUUGCUGAGUUGACAAAGAGAAUUGAAGACGGACUUAAUGACUCUGAUAUGUUGAAAGCACAGAAGGCCGACUACGAAGCUCAAAUCCAAGUAUUGAAGGAUGACAUGGAGAAGACUGAAAACGACAUGGCUGACAAGCUUGAGGCUGAUGCCGAGGACACGAGUAGAAAGAAAAAUGCUCAAGAGAAGCGGCCGGCUCAAUUGAAGGCUGACAAUGACAAUUUGACUAAAGCCAAAUCUAUUGUCGAUGCCAAAUUAGAAGACGCUGAAAGAGAAAAAGCUGCUCUUAACGAAGAAGUUGAAGCCGCAAAUGAGAAGUUGAGAAUCACUAAGAACGACUUGGGAAGAACCAAAGCCGAACUUGACCAACUCCAACAGAACUUUGACUAUUUCAAGAAGAAUGCCGACACCGAUGCUGCUGAUAAGAAGAAACUCAAUAAAACUGUUAAUGAGAGCAAUAAGAAGAUUGAGGAACUGAGUGCCAAAGUCGACAAAUUUACUCACAAGAACAAGAAGUUGCUGAAGCCAAUGAAGACGGAAAACGACGAAAUUAAAGAGAACAAGAAGAACUUGGCGAAUGACAAAGACCAACUUUCUUCUGAAAAGAAGAAGCUUCAAGACGAAUAUGACCAACUCAUUAACUUGGUAAAUAUAGCCGAUUUGGAACAACAAGUACAAGACCUUGAAGAUAGACCAGUUGGGACUUCAAAUAUCGACCAAACUGAAGUCAUCAAGAGAGACAACCAAAUUGCUGAUUUGGAAAAGGCAGUUAUUGCGUUGAAAGAUCAGAACACUCGACUUAAUGCUGCUAAGAAGGAUAUGAAGAAGCAAUCUGUUGAAGACGCUUCGAAGAUUGAGAAUUAUGAAUCACAGAUUAAGGCACUUGAAGCACAAAAGAAAAUGGCUUUGGACGACAAAGCGGAGGCCGAGAAGACUGCUGCGGACCAAUCUGAUAGAAGAAAGAAGACCAAGUUAAAGCACUCAAUGCACAAGUCUCAAGAGAAGAACAUGUUGAAUGCAAGAAUUGCUGAAAUUAAAGCCCAACUUGAUGAAGAAAGACAGAAGGCUGAUAGUGCAGAUGCUGCAAGAAAGGCUGCUGAGAGCAAAUUACAGGAAGCGAAUGACUUGACUGUCCAAGUUGAUCAACUCACUGAUGAGAAGAAGAAGAAUGAGAAGGAUUUGGAGGAAAUGGACAAGAUGAUAAACGACUUGAAUGCUGAAGUAGACAAGGCACAGAAGCAAUUUGACACUGCAAAUGAUGAAAAAGAUGGCAAUGAAGCGAUGAAACAGAAAUACCAAGACGAACUGAUGAGUGUUAGAACUGAACUUGAUCAAGAAAAGAAAGACCACACUAAGACCCAAUUGAUUAAAUGA